AUGUGGGCAUGGAGCACCACCUUCGCCCUGACUGCGACAUCCUCCGGCCCGAGCGCAAAAGGCCCCGUGAAGAAGGGCAAGCCGAAGCUUACUGCGAAGGAGCGGAAACAGCGCAGCAUGUUGACUGAUCGGGUCGUUUCGGCUCUGCCGCUCGAGUUCCGCGGGAACGAUCCAAACCUGAGGCGGAACGUCGAGACGGUCAUUGAGGGUUUCUUGGACAGGCCAGGGAGGGGUGUUGCUUCCACCAGAUCUCCAGAUCUCAAUCAGGCUCGUGUCAACAAGUGUCUCAUUGCCUUGGCCAACAGAAAGAUCGUGCAGAAGGACAACAGCUCGGGUGCUGUCUUGUAUCAUUGGCACGGACUACCCGAUUGA